GGCUGAACUUCAGUUUACGAAUAACACAAAAAGCCACUCGGUGACUGAUAUAUCAAUUCAGAAUCACAGAUUUAUGCAAACUCAACGAAUGGACAAACUAAUUCUGCGACUGCACGCUGACUGGCUCCAAAGCUGUGGUGAAGCUUGUCGUAACAUUGAUGAAAAAAGUUUCAUAUUGAGAGACCCUAAGAAAGAAAAAGAAUUUGGUUUUAGUCUUCCGACUUCAUUGGCCCAUGCCCGCCAAAAUCCACUUUUAAAAGGACAUAGAGUCUUGAUUACACCAAAUACAAAACCCGGUAAAGAUAUAUUAUCCUACUUGGUCAAAGCAGUUCAUGGUGUGGCAAUUCAGCGAAUGGGCAGAAGUUUAUGGAACAAUGACAAAGUUCCCGAGGGUUUAUUGAUUCUAUCAUGUGAAGAAGAUUAUGCAGUUUGUUUACCUUUUCUUGAAGAAGGGUCUAAUAGAUUCAGGGAUUUGGAACGUAAUGUUGGUCGAAGUUUAUCCGAAAAGAUAACGUUUAAUGGAUUCUUUAGAUACUCGGGUCGAAUAUCGAGCAAGAGACUGCCACCCGAAGAAGAUUAUAUAGUGUUGGGGAUUCUGCUACAGAGUUAUCGUUAA